AUGGAGUCGGUGGUGGCGGCAUCGGUGGUGGUGGAGUCGGCGGUGGAGGAGGUGGUGGAGUCGGCGGUGGCGGACUUGGCGGUGGUGGAGUCGGCGGUGGAGGAGUCGGCGGUGGUGGAGUCGGCGGUGGUGGAGUCGGCGGUGGUGGACUUGGCGGUGGUGGAAUCGGCGGUGGAGGAGUCGGCGGUGGUGGAGUCGGCGGUGGUGGACUUGGCGGUGGUGGAAUCGGUGGUGGAGGAGUCGGCGGCAACGGUGGUCGGGGCAUUGGUGGUGGCGGAGUCGGUGGUGGGGGCAUUGGUGGUGGUGGAGUCGGUGGCGGUGGAGUCGGCGGCGGUGGCAUCGGCGGUGGAGUCGGUGGCGGAGUCGGUGGCGGUGGCAUCGGCGGUGGAGUCGGUGGCAUCGGUGGUGGAGUCGGUGGUGGCGGAGUCGGUGGUGGGGGAUUUGGUGGUGGCGGCGUUGGUGGCGGUGGCGUUGGUGGCGGUGGAGUCGGUGGUGGCGGACUUGGCGGUGGAGGAGUCGGUGGUGGGGGAGUUGGUGGCGGCGGAUUUGGUGGCGGAGGUGGAGUCGGCGGUGGCGGUGGAGUCGGUGUUGGCGGAGUUGGCGGCGGUGGAAGAGUCGGCAGUUCAGCAAAGAGUGGCGGCGGAGGUGGUGGGGUCGGUGGAGGUGGCAGAGGUCGUGGCAGAAGCGGCGGAGGUGGAUUCGGCGGAAUGCAUGGUGGCAGAGGCGGCGGCGGUGGAGCCGGCCCAGGAGCAUUCGGCGGAUUCCGCGUGCCUGGCGGCACGCUCCCCUCGGUGA